AUGCGCCCCAAAUUCGUGCUGGACCGCGGCGCCUCAAUCACCUGGAUGGGCCUCUUCUUCCGCACCUUCCUCCCGCCCGCCCCGCUCGGCGCCGCCGGCGCCGCGCGCCGCGCGGCGCUCGUCGGCGCGGCGGGGCUCGACUGGGGCGGCCCGGCGCCGUUUGUGGCGGCGAGGGGGGGACGGUCCUCUUAUGUCGAUGUGUCGUGGCAGUUCCAGCCGGGCAUGGCGUGGGUGUUUGACCAGCCAGACGCAACCUUUUGGUCGGCAGCAAUUGCAGGCUCAAACCCAGCCAUGCGCAGCAUGGACGGCGGCGCCGCCUACGAGCCGGGCCUCUCUGCUGUCUACACAAUCUCCUCAUUUGCCAUCGCGCCCGCGGCCAGCGUCCGGGAUGCGACAGUCGCGAUGGACGCGAACGGGUGCUUCGGCGAGGCGGGCGGGGGCGGCGAUGAGGACGAGGCGCUGAUUUUCUGCCCUUACAGCUUCAAGGACUCUCUGAAGAACCCCUGGCUGAAGCGCGUGUACCUGUUCCACGACAUCGGGCUGGACCGAUUAGUCAACACGUACCGCGACCCCGUCAUCGUCACCCGCGCGGUGACCUUCACGUCGUGCAGGGGCUCGCACCACGUGAUGGACCUGGACAAUGUGACGUCAUCAGUGGUGGUCGGCACUAAGGGCGUGCUCACCUUCGACGGGGGCUCCAAGGCUCAGAACAUGACCAAUUGGCCCUCCAAGAUUCCCCUGCUGCUGAGCGCGUUCAGGGUGGUCGACAACGGAGUGCUGGUUCAGCGCAACACCACGAUGCGCAUCCGCAACAUGGGGUCACUAGUGACGGCGCUGGGGAAGCUGCCCCAUGGCUUCACCACUGCGCCUGACGUCCCUGACCUACAGCCCACAUUCCUUGGGGGCGCCCCGCCCACGUUGGAUUCGACCUCGUUCGUCAUACAGUCGUGGCAGCUGGACUCGAAACGCUACGCGGCCUGGACGCGUGCGGACACGCUGCCCACGUCCAUCGCGCUGUGGAGCUUCACCGACGUGACGGUCCAGCAGUACGUCGCAUCGCACUGCUACCGCGCGGCCUUGCUGCAGGCGAGGGGGAAAGGCGCCCGGGCGGAGCCGGCAGGGCGGGGCAGGGUGUUGGUUGUGCACGCGCACGAGAGCCGGGCGGCCGCCGGCGGGGCUGGCGGCGGCAAGGUAUCGGAGGACACAAUCCCCCAGGUCUCCAGCGGGCGGCAGCUGCUUGAUGCCCUGGCAAACGAAAAGACCAGGUAUAUCCAGGUGGUGGACAACAUCAGCCUGGACCCCUCCACGCCCCCCAACGCUGCCACUGUCGGGCGCAUUGUGGAGGGCUCAGUGGCUGUGACCGGCAACCUGAUCUUUAAUGGUGACAUCAUCAUGACGGGCCUGGGGUGGGGCCGCGGGGCGGCGGGGCCGCUGUCCUCCGCAGACGGGGCCACCCCGCCCGGGCUCGGGGCGGUGGUCGGCGCGCUCUCGCCGCGGGGGCCAGCUGGCAUCGUCGAAUUCGAGGACCUGUCGCUGACAGAGGAGAUGGGCCCGGCCCACUUUGGCGGCGACAGCGGCCAGGCCGCCAUCAGGGAGCUGCUGGCCCUGCCGCCGCAGGCCCGGCUCGACUCCAUCCCCGCAAACCUGACGCUCAGCGGGCCCCAGAGCCUGCUGCUCCGCACAUACUUUCUUAACGGCACAUCCCGGCCCCGCGGCGCGACACCCGGGGGCGGCGCGCCGCCGCAGGGAGCCGCGCCGCAGGGCACCUACAGCUUUCUGGACACUACCCUGGAGUGGUCCCUCGCGCAGGAGGCGCGCCACGGCGGCGUCCCCGUCGCGGCGUACGCCGUGCCGCUCGCGGUGGCCGUGGCGGUGGCGGCGCUGCUCUCGGGCGUGCUGCUGUGGCGCCGGCACCGCCGGCGGCAGAGUGGGCCCACCUACUCGGCGAACCUCGAUUCCCGCGCCAGCGGCCCCUCGUUCCUCGGGAAGCGCACCCCGAGCAACAGCUCAGUCUCGACCAACGGCACCGCCCCGCGCACGACCAUCCUCACGAGCCGCCUGCCGUCCUCGACCGCCGGGAACGACGCGAAGGGCACGCGCAGCACCGGCGGCGGCAGCGGCCUGGCGGCGGCCGCGGAGGCGGUCGUCGCGGCGGCGGCGGCCGGCACGGCGGCGGGGGGCAGGGAGUUUGGCGGGGCCAGGGUUAGGGGGGCGCCGCCCGAGGAGAUCCUGGAAGCGUACAGGAACCUCGUGGGCGCGCGGCCAUCGGCCUGCGGUCAAGAGGAAGAGAUGCAGCUGUUGUCUGUGUUGGGCGAGGGCGCUUACGGCAAGGCAAGCGGCGGGCGCGCGCCGGUGGUGUACAAGGGGCGGUGGCGCGGCACCGUGGUGGCAAUCAAGGUCAUGAUCCUGCCGGCUGCCAUGAGCGGCAAGGAGCGGCGCGAGAAGAUGGCUGUAAUGGAGACCGCCAUAUCCUCGUCACUGAGCCACCCAAAUAUCGUGCAGACCUUCACCUACAGCAUCCGCGGCGUGAACGCCUCCGACCGCCGCAGCGACGCCGCCGCCCCCGCCGCGGGCCCCGCCGGCGCCGGCGCGGGCUCCCCGCACGACAGCUCCGGCUCCCUCGAGGGGCCGGCGGCGCCGGCGCAGGGGCAGGGGCUGGGGCAGGGUGGGGACGUGCACUCCUGGGAGCUGCGGCUGGUGCUGGAGUUUUGCGACCUGGGGUCCCUCAGGGAGGCGCUCAACGCGGGCACCUUCAAGGCGAAUGCAGCGGCGGCGGCGGCGCCAGCGGCGGCGGCGGUCGGGCACGAGGGCGCUGGAGCGGGCGGGAGCGGGGGCGCAGGCGGCAAGGAGGGGCCCGCGGCGGGGGCAGAGGGGUCGGCGGCGGCGGCGCCUGGCGUGGACCUCCUGCACUCAAUCCUGCACUCGGACCUCAAGGCCAGAAACAUCCUGCUCAAGAGCUCCCCGGCAGAGGCGCGCGGGUUCGUGGCCAAGGUGGCCGAUUUCGGCCUGUCCAUGGAGAUCGACCCUCAAGACACCCACAUCAGCGGCGCGUUCCAGGGCACCAUCACCCACAUGGUGGGCAGGGCGCAAUGGUCGAGCUGGGGGUGA